GGCCCCACCUGAAAGCGCUAAGCGGGUAAGUACGAAACACAUCGAUGUAUGGAUAUGGGAUGAGUUUGGGUUCGGUGUCCGAUGGGGAUUUGCAACGCGCCUGCCAUAUUUCAACGAGCUAUGAACGUGACGUACCAACACUUCGUCAACAAGACGUGGCUCACUCAGGGGAUGAUUAACUUCUGCGUCAUCGUGUACACGGACAACAUCCUCGUCUACUCGGAGACCUAUCAUGGGCAUGCACAGCACAUCGAGUGGACGCUAGGAGCUCUGAGAGAUGCUGGGUUCACGAUCGCGCUCGAGAAAAGCGAGUUUUUCCUCUCGGAAAUCUCCUUCUUGGGUUACGUGGUGACACGUGGAGGACUGCGACCAGAUUCAAGGAAAGUCGCGGUGGUGAAAGAUGCUUCUGUCCCCACAUCGGUGACGCAGGUUCGAGCUUUCCUGGGAUUGCCAUCGUACUACCGUCGUUUUAUCAAAGGCUUUGCCGCGAUUGCGCGACCUCUGACGAAUCUACUACGAAAGGAUCAGCCCCUUAGUUGGGACGCAGAGUGCGAACAGGCCUUCGCCACCCUCAAAGGCGCUCUGGCGACAACACCUAUUUUGAUCCGGUCGGAUCCUAUGAAGCAGUUCAUUCUCAUCACGGACUGGCAGCCAGAGGCGAUUUCCGCUAUUCUAGCGCAGAAGGGGAGCGACGGUCGAGAGCACGUCAUCGAGUACGCAUCUCGUACAGUGCCAGACGAACGAAGGAACGAUUCAGCCCCGCAAGGUGAAUGCUAUGCCGUAGAAUACGACUUCGACAUCAUCCAUCGAAAGGCAGAGAGACACGGCAACGCGGACGGGUUGACAUGUCUGCAUCGCCCCACUAAGCUGACGUGGACGAGGGACACGAAGCACCGCACCUGGAUUGAAUACGUGGAGCUGUUAAUCAUCCAAGCUUGGAGGACGGAGGUGGAAGGAGACCUCGGAUUUCUAUUCGGAUCGGUGCAUCCCGACCAUCGACAGCAGAUCGUACAAGAGCUCACGAUUCCCCUCGCGCAGCUGGCCGACGAUCUCCCUUUCGAUAUCGUUUCGCAGUGCGACAAGAGCCCAGUCCCACACGUCCUUUCACGAACUUUGACGCCUUACCUGCAGUGGUCGGCCUGCCUCGAGGAGCCAGGUAGUAACAACAACCCGCCAUCGCAACAACAAUACCUGGACCCCCGGGGGAUAAUCUACCGAGUCUUCUUUCAGCCUCGAACGGCCUCCAAAGACGAAGUCAUAAGACUAGAGGAGGAGGAGGAAAAGGACGAAGAGGGAGGCGACGAGGAAGAAGAAGAGAAAACCCCGAAAGAAGGAAGUUACAGCGAGCACAGCGAGGGAGAGCAGAGCGACGAGGAGGAAGAAGAGGAUCAGUCAGAGGAAGAGGAGGAAUCUGAGUGGGAGACGUUGGGAGAAGAGGCGGAUCACACAGAGCCUCACGAGGAGGAUCCCGAGGCGGUGCGAAGAAGAGAAGAGAUCGCAGCAGCGAAGCAGUCGCUGGAGUUCGCGAGUGGACUAGACCUGCCGAUCCCGAACGACCCAGCCAAGGAUCCCGAGCCGCCCAAGAACGACAAUGGGGACCUUGUUGCAAAGACUUCGAGCGCACCAGCCCGACGGCGACGAAGCCGAUCCCCCUCCCCCUCCACCUCCGCCCGUCCACCAGUUCGAGCUCGUACCGAUGCGGGGCAUCGGGCUUCGUCCCCGGUCCUUAUCCCGUCCCCUUCACCACCUCACCCUCCGCCAGAUCGCUACCCGCAUCACCGUCCCCUGCAAUCCCUUCCCAAUCGACACCUUCCGCUUCUUCUACGCAACCCGUCUUGCUGUCACGGUUCAUCCCCAUCCUUCUACCUGGUGUGCCACCCCUGUCUUCUGUCUCCACGCCCUUCUCUUCAGUGCCGCGUGGCGAGGCCACAACAUCGUCAAGGUUUACUGCAUGAUCACGGGGACUACCCCCGCAUGCGAAAACCACGAUCACUUCCGCACGGCGCUUUUCCGAACUUUCACCACCCUUUGACCCAACUGUCUCGCAUCCCUUCCGCAUAGUGGUAAUCGAUUCCCUCGCUUCCAUCAAAUCAUCCGAUAUCAGGAGCUUCCGGAGACAGUCGCGAGAUUAAAACGCUUCCUGCCCCCACUCCCGACCAACCCACCCCCUCGCCAUGCCCCCAUGUAUCGUCUUCCCUUUCCCCUUCCCUUAGGUCAUUGAUGUAUGGUUGAUUGGCAUGUGCCACGACGAUGGCACGCACGAUCCCCUCCUUGGAUUGAAGACAGCCCAUCCUGAGGAAAUUGUAGGAUAGAGCCACGUGUGCGACCCUGGAUGACCUCCACACUCUUAUCGAACGGUAAGUGGCAACAAAGAAGGCUCCGCGCG